AACAAACGCAUGCGCCAUUUAAAUUUUAUUAUUUGGAAAAUGUGGAAACACCAAUGAACACCAUCCACCCCAAUAAUAAUAUCUAAAUCGGACAUGACGUGGUACGAAAAUACUUUCCUCAUUGUUGUUUAUAUAGUGAGCGAUGCCAGCCGGUACAGUAAACGCAUAGUGAUUUAUUAUACUUAAUAAAAAUAUGAUAAGUACGUCUAAUUAAGUUAAUCGUCCAUUCCAACACUACUAAGCACACCCGCCAGGCUUUAUUUCGUAUCAUUUAGACUUCUCAGGUAUACUUGUCAAGUAGUAAUUUAUAGUAAUUGUAAUUAAUAAUUAUUCAUAGCCAUGCUGGAUCAAAGUAUCAUCGGUCUCGGUAUUAUUAUCACCUUGGCUGCGGUUUUUAAUUUUUCAAUUCAUAAAAUUGAUGAGGGUCACGUCGGUGUUUACUUUCGGGGAGGUGCAUUAUUACCACAAGUUAGUCAACCAGGAUUUCACAUGAUGGUCCCACUGCUAACUACAUUUAGGUCUGUUCAAGUUACAUUACAAACUGAUGAAGUUAAAAAUGUUCCUUGUGGUACCAGCGGUGGUGUGAUGAUUUAUUUUGACAGGAUUGAAGUUGUUAAUAUUUUAGAUUCUAAUGCAGUUCACAACAUGGUAAGAAAUUUCACUGCAGAUUACGACAAAACACUAAUCUUCAACAAAGUUCACCACGAACUUAAUCAAUUCUGUUCCAUUCACACUCUCCACGAAGUCUACAUCGAUUUAUUUGACCAAAUAGACGAAAACCUAAAAAAUGCACUGCAGAAAGACUUGAAUGAGCUUGCUCCAGGUCUAAGUAUCCAAGCAGUCCGGGUAACAAAACCCAAAAUACCCGAAACAAUACGGAAAAACUACGAGUUGAUGGAAGGCGAAAAAACCAAGCUGCUGAUAUCAAUUCAGCACCAGAAAGUUGUCGAAAAAGACGCAGAGACAGACCGGAAAAAAGCGUUGAUUGAAGCGGAAAAAGAGUCCCAGGUUGCGGCGAUUCAGUACAACCAAAAGAUUAUGGAGAAGGAAUCUCUGCAACGUAUGGCUUCGAUUGAAGAUGCGAUGCAUUUAGCGCGCGAGGAAAGUCGCUCUGACGCUGAUUUUUACCAGAUGAAGAAACAAGCUGAAGCUAACAAACUAUUACUCACCAAAGAGUUUCUGGAACUGAAGAAAUACGAGUCCUUAGCCAAGAACGCUAAGAUCUACUACGGGCAAGACAUACCCAAGAUGUUCUCAAUGGGAGGAUGCUCCAAUGAUCCGGAUCUUGGUGUUCAUUCUAGUGCAGAUGAUGAUAAGAGUAAUGGAGUUUAAAAUUUAUUUAUAACUAAUUAAUUACUUAAGUAUUAAAUAUAUUUUGUAAUUUAAGUUUUUAUUACCAUGAUUGAU